AUAGUGACAAAUUCUGGGCGGGCGAGUGCUUUGGCAGCUAGUGAUGCUGCUACCCCAACUUUGAGACGGAUAGAAAGAGCAGCCAUAGCUGCUGCUACACCUAUAACUUACCAUUCCAGGGAACUUCUUCUUUUAAUUCACGAGCAUCUUCAGGCAUCUGGAUUAAGCAAAGCUGCCUAUGCAUUGCUGAAAGAAGCCAAGUUGACUCCUUUGCCUCUUUUAGCAGCUCCAUCAUCUCUUGCAUACCAAGUCUCCAAGCUGGAGGCACCCUCAUCCCAGCUGCAAUGGCCUUAUGGUCGAGUCCCAUGUGGAUUUCUGACAGAUAAACCGAAGUCUGCACGAGAAGAAGAUACAAGUUUGAAAGGCGAUAUUAAUAUGUCUUGUCCAAGGAAAAAGCCGUUGAUCUUCUCAACUCCUUUUGGUACAAAUUCAAAGUGUCAGCCUAAAUCCCUGGAAUCUUCUUCCUCAGCAGUUAGAAAAUUGUCUAGUGCUUCAAAACAAUCUGCUGUACCUCUAUCUUCAAAUGAAACAACCCUUGUCAUUGAUACGGAGUCUCAAUGUAAAACACCCAUUAUCUUGCCCAUGAAGCGGAAGUUGUCCGAGUUGAAGGAUACUUGCACCAUAUUGUCCUCAAAGCGACUUCACUCUAAUGAGCCAGGACUUCAUUCUCCUAUUUGUCCUACUUCCAUUUCCUCUCGCAAAAGUAGUUUAACAGAUUUCGGCUUUUCUACCCCCAAAACUACUAACAUGAGAGAUCAGCUUGGGCGACCAACUCCUGGGGGUUUUUGGACCGAUGGUUUGGAUGACAACCAACACAGUAGUUCCCAAGUUGGUUUGGUUACACCAUCGUCGCAUCCUGGGAAUCUAAAUGACCCUCAACCCAGCAAUAGUGAGAGACUAACUCUAGAUUCCCUUGUUGUUCAGUAUCUAAAACACCAGCACCGCCAAUGUCCAACCCCGAUAACUACUCUUCCUCCAUUGUCUCUUUUGCAGCCUCAUGUUUGCCCUGAACCAAAACGAAGCCUUGAUGCCCCAUGGAAUGUAACAUCUCGUCUUGGUUCACGUGAAUUUAGAAGUAUAUAUGGUGGAGUUCAUGGCAACCGGAGGGACCGUCAGUUUGUCUACAGCAGGUUUAGGCCUUGGCGAACUUGUCGGGAUGAUGCUAGUGCUCUUUUGACCUGUCUUUGUUUCCUAGGAGACUCAAGAGUUGCCGUGGGCAGCCACGAUGGGGAAGUCAAGAUCUUCGAUUCCAACAACAAUAGCAUAUUAGAGAGUUGCUCCAGCCAUCAGUCUCCUUUAACUAUAAUGGAGUCAUAUAUUUCUGGCGAGACUCAGUUUGUGCUUUCAUCUAGCUCUUUAGACGUAAGGUUAUGGGAUGCAUCCUCCAUUUCUGGUGGGCCCAUGCAUUCAUUCGAAGGAUGCAAGGCUGCCAGGUUUAGCAAUGCUGGGAACGUUUUUGCAGCAUUGGCAUCUGAGCCUGCUCGACGGGAAAUACUCUUGUAUGAUAUUCAGACCUGCCAACUAGAACUGAAACUAUCUGAUACCAAUGUCAGUUCUGCAGGUCGAGGGCUUGCUUAUUCUCAUGUACACUUCAGCCCUUCGGAUACAAUGUUGCUCUGGAAUGGGGUCUUAUGGGAUCGACGGGAACCAGGACCUGUCCAUCGCUUUGAUCAGUUCACUGAUUAUGGUGGUGGUGGUUUUCAUCCAGCUGGGAAUGAGGUAAUUAUUAACUCCGAGGUUUGGGAUCUACGUAAGCUUAGGCUUCUCCGCAGUGUACCUUCCCUCGACCAAACGGCGAUAACAUUCAAUGCGAGUGGUGAUGUAAUUUAUGCAAUCUUGAGGAGAAAUCUUGAAGAUGUAAUGUCAGCUGUUCAUACUCGUCGCAUCAAACAUCCACUUUUUGCUGCAUUUCGGACCAUUGAUGCAGUGAACUAUUCAGAUAUUGCAACUAUCCCACUUGAUCGAUGUGUCCUAGAUUUCACAACAGAGGAAACUGAUUCUUUUGUUGGUUUAAUCACAAUGGAUGAUCAAGAUGAGAUGUUUUCUUCUGCACGAGUCUAUGAAAUUGGUCGACGAAGGCCCACUGAUGAUGAUUCUGACCCCGACGAUGCUGAAAGUGAGAGUGAUGAAGACGAAGACGAUGACGAUGACGAUGACGAUGAUGCGGAUGAUUUGGAUCCAAUUUUGGGUCUUGAUAUUGAUGGGGAUGGUGCGAGUGAUUCUGAUAUGAGUAAUGAGGACGAUGAGGACAGUGUGAGCGAUCUUGAUGACGAGGAUGAUGGAGAUUUUGUGAUGGAUGAUAUUGAGUUUGGUGGGGGCCCUGGAAUGUUGGAGAUAAUGACAGAAGGUGACGAUGAAGAAGAUGGUAGUCAACUUCUGGAAUAUUUUAGCAGUGGGAACGACGACGAUGAUGAUGAUUUUGUCAGUAACGGAUAUGGGUUUUAAGCAUUACAGGAGAAUCAAAACAAUGAAGUCAAUUUUGGAUGUAUUUAUUUAAUUUUUAGGCAAUUUUAUUUUAACAAUUUAGUUUAGAUGAAAGAAAUGAAAAAGGAAAAAAAAUUCAAAAUUUUAAUCUCUUGGAGUCUGGUUUGAGUUUAUGGUUUUUCUUGCGUAUUUG